AUGGGAGGCGCGCUGCUGCUCGCGCUGCUGGCGGCGGCGCGGGCCGGCGAGCCCAACGCCACCAACUUCACCACCUUCCUACCGGAGGAGGAGAAGGCACCCCUCUUCCCCCCAGACAUCUUCACAGAGGAGCAGCGGCGGUCGGGCGCGGUGCUGCUGCACGUGCUCGGCAUGGGCUACAUGUUUGUGGCUCUGGCGAUAGUGUGCGAUGAGUUCUUCGUACCAGCGCUGGACGUUAUCAUAGAGCGGCUUGCCAUCCGCGAUGAUGUUGCGGGCGCCACCUUCAUGGCUGCCGGUGGCUCCGCGCCCGAACUCUUCACCUCCAUCAUCGGCGUGUUCGUGUCAUUCGAUGACGUGGGCAUCGGGACGAUCGUUGGCUCCGCCGUCUUUAACAUAUUGUUCGUGAUCGGUGCUUGCGCGCUCUUCUCGCGCACAACUCUCUCGCUCACCUGGUGGCCCCUGUUCCGAGACUGUACCUUCUAUUCUAUCAGCCUGCUAGUGUUGAUAUACUGUUUCCGGGAUAGCAUGAUUUACUGGCAGGAGGCGCUGGUGUUGUUCUCGCUGUACGGCGCGUACGUGAUGUUCAUGCGGUGGAAUCAGCCGGUCGAGCGCGCGCUCAAGAAGCUCAUCUACAAGAACAAGGUGACCAGAGUCCGCAGCACGGACCAGCUCAUGCCUACGCACCAGACAGCCGCCCAAACUUUGCAUGGCAACGCGACAACGUCAAGCGAGACGUCAGUGGGCACAAAUACAGCGACGGCGCCGGCUGCGGGUACAAGCCGAGCGCCGCCGCCCACAGCCAAGUUCCGGCAUGGUCUGCUGCAGCUCAUGAUACAUACCAUUGACCCGAUGCACGACGGUGAGUUAGGUAAAGUGGAUGAAAAGGCCACACAGCUGCACGCGAUAGCUUCCCUCAAGGUGCUACUGGAAGCGACAAGGCCGACGGCGGGAGGCGCGGGCGCGGCAGCAGCGAGGCACUCCGCGGUCGCCAGCCAGCCGAAGGAGACCCCUCUUGAUCUCCCCAACGGGGGGCUCGCUGAUGUACAGUUAGAUGCUAUAGAAGAGAUAGGAGACCUGGAGGAGGACACGACACCGCUCGACAUGUCGUGGCCAUCGGGCUUCCGCAAGCGACUUACCUAUCUGCUGGUCGCGCCCAUUGUCUUCCCGCUCUGGUGUACCCUACCUGACACGAGGACGCCCAGAGGGAAAAAUCUGUUCCCCAUAACAUUUAUAGGAUCAAUAGUUUGGAUAGCGUUCUUCUCUUAUUUAAUGGUGUGGUGGGCGAACGUCGCGGGGGCGACGGCGCAAAUCCCUCCCGAGGUGAUGGGCCUUACUCUCCUCGCCGCGGGGACGUCAGUGCCCGAUCUCAUCACCUCCGUCAUCGUCGCCAGGAAGGGCUUCGGAGACAUGGCGGUAUCCAGUUCAGUUGGCAGCAAUAUUUUUGAUGUUACCGUUGGGUUACCUCUUCCCUGGUUGCUGUACGGUCUGAUCAACGGGGAGCCGGUGCAGGUUAAUUCUAAAGGCAUGGUCUGCAGCAUCGUCUUACUGUUCGCUAUGCUGAUCUUCGUGAUCCUCAGCAUAGCCUGCUUCAGAUGGAAGAUGAACAAGGGCCUCGGUUUCACAAUGUUCCUCUUGUACUUCGUCUUUGUUGCUGUCAGUUUAGGACUCGAAUACGGAUUCUUCCAUUGCCCAAGCGAGUAGUGAUUGUCAAAUCUGGAAUAAAUACAAAGAUAUAAUAUGAAAGUAACAAAAAAGCAAGUAUAUUGUCUAUGACAGUGAAUUAAAUGGAGAUAACCAAUAUAGAGAAUAAAGAUUCAUUCCUAUUAAUUAUUAAUUUUAAAAGAAAAUUCAUAACAAAUAUGAUUAUAGUUAAAUUUUGGCGAAAUCCAAGAAAUCAUCGUUAUUCAACAUCAUUAUAAAUCUAUUUAAAGUAUACAAUUUUAAGAACUUUCCCGAAAAUGUGACCUGGUUCAUAAUCUCACUAUAAUUAACGAACCUCACUUUUGUUUCUUCAUAUAUUCAAAUUAAUUGCUCAAGUAGCACGAACGAUAUCAUCUCUUUCAUGAAUGUAUCAUAACAAUUGUAAGCAAUAUUGAAUUUAGCGAGAAAAUUUUUUUGGAAUUUAAAAACAUACAAAUAAGACGGCUGCAUUUUUAGUAUAUAUCAUUCUUAAACUAAGUAAGUUGCCUUAGUCUAUGAUAUUAGAUAUAUUCAUCGAGUAGGCGGUUAUGUAAAAAUAGAAAAUGACGUUCAAAGCACAAAUAAUGUUGUAGAUAAUACUAGGACUAAUGUGAACGAUAAAAUGUCCUUAACUUUAAAGUAUUCAAAGAACAAAGAAAUGUGUGUCACUGAGCUGGAUCAUAGUCUUAAUGACUUUAUCAAAGAAUUACCAUCAACGGAGAUUGUAGAUUUAUAUUUGCCAUAAUUAAAAAUGGCGCUUUUAUAAAUUUUUGCAAUAUUUGCUGUACAAAUUCAAUUUGAAAGAAACCGUAGCGAAAGUGUGCAUUUUAUUUUUAUAAAUAUUUUGAUUUUUGUAAAAUAUUUAACGAUUUUAGAAUUUCCAAAUCGGGUUGUAUGUUAUAAUUUAAAAUAGGUCUCGAAGGACCUUUAGUCCAAACGUAUUAUUUUCAUUUAAAUGUCUAGAUGUUAGGACGUAAUAAGAUAUCGCAACAAUUUAGUUGCGUCUCCAAUAAUGUGCAUUUAAAAAUGAAUUCAAUUUUACCUCAUUGAUAAAGAAAUAUUAGAAAGUAGUUAAAAACCUCGAAGUACAAUUAAUACAAUGAAUAAUUAGGUGUCAGUUCAACUGAAAUUUAUAUAUCUCCGUGUUAACCCAGUAUGUAAAUAACAAAGCAAAUGUGCCGAUAAAAUGUGCUACAAUAGCUCCUUUGCAAUUCCAUAAAAUGUGCCUAAGAGUUCUCUGGAACUUAAAUAAUAAGCCUCUAUAUUUGUGAUUAUAAAAAGUGGAGUAUGUUACUCAUACAUCUGAUAGCAAUAUUAAUAUAGUUAUAGAAGAUUUUAAGACAAAUGUCCCGCUUUAAUUACAUAGAGCCAGCGUUAAUGACGCGUGGUGCAUUACAGUGCCUAUACAUCGAAGUUUAUAAACAGAAUGAUAGAUAAAUAAUGGACGAGAUAAACUACUGUAUCUCAACUCUGAUAUGCCGUUAAAUUUAUUUGUUCUAUAUCUUCAACAUUCAUGUGUUCGUCUUCAUCUAUUGACAACUCAAUUACAAUUGUAGGCACAGUAUUUUUGUCUCGUCCUAAUAAGUAGAACUUUAUCACAGCUUGUACAAAACUAAUAACACUGUCAGUACUUACACUUUUCAAACCAAUUUCUUCUAAUACCCUUACUUUAUUAUCUUAUAAUACUUGUAUUGUUUUUUCUACUUCUUUUGGUUUAAUUAAGUACGGGUUGGAAUCAAAUCUUGUUACUUCUGAAACAUCUACAUAAACCGUCCGUUUUCUUUCUCUCCUUCGCUAACUCUCUCGUAAAACUUUUACUUACUUUCAUUAACUGUUUACUUUAAACUUCAAUUGUUUAAUCUCCAUUAUUUUUACAUAAAUAACCCGCCUAUUUGACAUAGCAAUAAUAAUCUAGUAUACGUAGUUUGUAUUUAUAUUGUUAAGCUUAAUGACAUUUCAGAACAUUGUGAAAAACUCAAACUGUUGACUAAUUUCAAACAUUUCCCAAAUUAUAAUAACCCUGAUUUUCUGCCGAAACAUCCAUUUAUGAACUGAUAUUGUGAUCUCUUUCAUUCACUUUGAAAAUAUUGAGACAGCAAUAUAUUUCUGUAUGGGUUUUUCGGCAUUGAAGAUUUAAGAUCAUCAUGUGAAAGCGCACAAAUGUGAAAUGUUAAGCUUUGAUUGGCCUUGGGUACCAAUUCUCAAAGUAAAUAGAUUGCAGUAGAAAUUUAGACCCUAUCGAUAAAGUUAAAAGACCGAAUUUCCUGUGAAUAUGCAAGGAUGACAAAUAGGACGUGCUUUUUGGUUUUAAAGGCUCUUCAAAUCAGCGAUGGAUUUUUAACUUCAAAUUGGGACUAAUCUUAAUGAUAUUCCAACUGUCAAAGGUUUUUUGCAAAUCAUUAUGGGACAGUCUAAUGUAAAUUUGAUACGUCCGAAAUUAAUUUGUAAAUAUUCGAAUUUGAAGUUAAAAAAAAGCAUAAUGGUGCUACAUUAACAAAUCUUUUUGACACAAUUAUUCAGCAAAAUACUGAUAAAAAUUUGUGUCAAGUAACAAAUAUUUUGGCAUUACUAUGUUAACAUGAAAACAUUGAGUUGUUCACAAUAAUAACAUGUGCAGAGCAAUCGUAAGUGCUAUAAAGAAAUCAAUUAAAAUAAUAUGACAUAUCGAUAAUGUCUGAGCAAUCGAGGCAUCAAAUACUGUGAUAAGGUGUACGCUCAUAACAUACUCGUCUCUUGUUCUAACUUAUUCAUAAGCUUGGAUUUGAUUAUAGAUUUCUGUAGUUCGCAUAGCAGAGCCACUGACGAUCAAACAGUUCGAUAUUCUUCUUCUUCAACUUUAGCAAAUUCUUCAUAGCUUACAGUAACUUCUACUUCUAAUUCUAUAUAGACAAUAUUAACACUUACUAAAUGAACUGUAAGAUCUAAAUGUGGCCAUUCUUUACUAUAUUCUAAGGUUCGAACGAAUUUUCGAUCUAAAUUAUUCAUUUUAAUAUUGACAUUAUAUUCUUAACUCGUCUAGGAGUCUUAGAAAUCUCUAUAUUUAAAUCUAUAUCCCAUAUAAUGUAUAAAUAUUGGGAUGCACCAAAAAUAUUCUAUCGCCUAUUACUCGACACGAUUCUAUACGCUAACAAAUGUUUCAUACGAUAUACACUAGUGAUUUUUAUCUGUCUCUUGAGUAACUAUGUAAUUAUAUAUUAUAAAUAAAUCAUCCUUCCAUUAUUGUUCUUAAUUUUAGACGAUAUUAAGCUCUUAUCGGUCUCCAGUGCGUGCUAUUGGAGAACGUGACCCGCGAAGGGAAAUCAUUCGACGUAGUUACAUUAAAAUUGCAUUUGUUUAUUACCAAAUAGCACAAGCCGAGCUAGAUUCCAUAUUUCAAAGUUUGUUAAUAAAUUAUUAGAAUCUAUUAAAGUUGAUAUUACGGUGUCGUAAAUAUUUGAUACACCUUUUAACUAAAUAAAAAUAUAUAAUCUUUAUAUCUUCUUC